GAAACAGUAAGGGUGAAACGUAAACGUAGUCAAAGUAUAGUAAGCGCCAUGAGAAAACAAGGCGUACGUUACUCUCUAUAACGCUUUAUUUAAUGUUCUAGUUAGUUGUCCAAAAAAAAAUGUUCUAGUUAUUUGUAUGUAUUCCAAAUUGUUUUACCACACAAUUUCUUUUUUUAAAAAGCGUUUUAAUUGCUAAUUAAGUUGACUAAUAUGCACCUAAAUUACAUUACAAUUUUAUAAUAUUCAAAAACGACCGACGAAAGUGUAUCUUGCAACUGAAAAAAAGUUGUCUUCUUUUGAAUUGUGAGAAUCGAAAAAGUUUUCUUGUUUUCAUCAAAAGCUUAUAGCAAUAUAAAUACUAAUAAUUAGCAAAUAAGAAGCUAUGAUUAAAGAUGGGAUUCUGGGAUUUCCCUUUCAUGCAAAAGGCGUUACGGUUUGAACGACUAGUAGAUGGGGAUGUAAGUAGAAGGAAGAAGAAACCAUCUUGGUUAAAUCCGGUUUCUCACGGAUGCUAUACCAUCGACCGGUUAAGCUAUAUCCACCGUUCACCGAGUGCAGAUUCGGUUACAGUACAGAGAGAACAAUUACAGAGUGAAGAAGAUCUUGAAGUUUGGUUCUUUGCAGUGUCAGAUGCUGGAACUGGGAGAGAGAUUGUCAAGUAUAUGCAGAACCAUAUCUUCGAUAAGCUCCACAACGAGCAUGGAGUUUUGAGAAAAUGUAAAGAGAUUAUGAGAAGAGCGUACGUUGAGGAAGAGAGAAGCAGUGGCUCAGCUGCUUCGGUGACGGUGGUGGACGGUGAAAAGCUAGCUAUGGCGAGUAUCGGUGACCAUAGAGUGGUGGUUUGCAGAGACGGUGAGGCUUAUCAACUCAGAGCUAAAUCCUCAACAAGAAAAUGGUCGGAUUUUGUUUUCCCAGUUUGUUAUCAAGGAGAGACAGAUGAUGAAUCAGAUUCAAGAGAUUCAGAGCUUGCUUUGGUUACAGAGAAGAUUAGUUCAGAUACAGAGUUCAUCAUUAUUGGUAGCUCUGGGAUUUGGCAGGUGAUGAAAAAUCAAGAAGCUAUUAACCUAAUCAGGCAUAUGGAAGAUCCUCAAGAAGCUGCAAAAUGUUUAGCCAACGAAGCUUUAAACAGGAUUAGCAAAAGCGAAAUUUCUUGUAUCGUAAUUAGGUUUACAUAAACCGGUUUUAACCGGAUAUUCAGUAAAUAUGUAAAUUAAAACCGAACCGUUGUCUUUUUAUGACAAAGAAUCAAAAUCAGUAGCCAAUA